GCUGUGUAACCUUCAAACGAGUCCGUGACAUAGUCGGCAUGCACUUAUCAGUGUUUCGUUGAGCCUGCUGUUCAGAUGAACAUUAUCAUUCGACAAGUGAGGAUCAUAUUAGCAUAACUGUGAAACCCCUUUCAGCAGCAAUGGCAUACAACGCAAGCGCUUUCUUGCUUCUAUUCUGCGUUAUCGUUAUUCCACUUUCUUCAGGGGUCCAUGUAUACCAGUGCUCUCCAGGCACUGAAGAGACCCUGUGCGUCGUCAACAAUCUGGCCUACAGUCCGGGACAGGAUCCACUGCCGCAAGUGAAUCAUUCGGACACUGUCAAUCGUAUCCACCUGCGCUGCAGCCGUUAUUACUACUACAGUAAUUGGAAUUCCCGCUCAGGAAAGGAUCUGUUAAGCGUGUACGAUGUGGUACUACACAGCAACGUUCUCCGCAGUCCACGCUCCGCUACUGUGAUCAAUUGCCAUUUGCACACAUUGGUGAUGCCCCAUGACCUUGAAGUCGGGGACUUCUUUAAUAAUUACGUCAGUGAGGUGAAAACAGAUCCAACACAAUCGUACAAUCUACGCUAUCUGGACCUCUCGCACAACAAUUUGUACGAUUUAGGAAACUUGUCCGUGCUAGUGAACCUGCAAACACUGAAGCUUGAUGGCAAUGAAUUGGAGGAGAUAAAGCCGGAAACGUUCGCCAGGAUGACCAACCUCUCGAUACUAUCACUAGGGUACAACAGCAUUGUGAAGAUUGAUCUGAAGGUGCUACCAAAAAGCUUAACCGGCCUCUCCCUCGUAAGAAACAGUAUGACGGAGAUCGAUUUCACGUCCGUUUCCUUCGUCUCCAUGCGUGAGUUGGAUCUUGAGAGCAAUCGAUUGACAGGGCUUGAUGUAGCCAGUAUGAUGCGAGCAUGUCCCUCGCUGCAACUACUUCCGAUCGAGUACAAUCCAAUGCCGAAGGAUGUGGCACAACGAAUUGUAAAGGAACUGACCCGACACAAUGUGACUUAUUACAACGAGGGCGACAAGGCCAGCUAUUCGGAUAGCUCCUGCGACUCGGACGAGUAUUCCGUCGUUCGAGCGUGUUUCUUGGAGACUAAGAACAAGGGCUCAGGCUCGGUCUUGAAAGCAUUCGUUCUCAUCCUCGUGGGUAUAGUGCUUUUCGGUGUGUUUGGGUUAAGUGCACGCUGGAUAUGGUACGAGAUGCGGUAUUGAUGAGGACCUCAUCUAACAUUUGCUUGAAAUAAUUUAAAUUAAAUAAAUUUAAACUUUCUGUACACGUUGUAUAGCUUGAUAUUAUAAAAAAAAAUAUAAUCUUCAUGUUUUGAAACUGUC